UUGGCACGCACGUUGGAGAUAGAAGCCAAACAAACAUGGCGCUUCCCGCGGAUAGGCUCGGUUUGUCAAACCAUUAUCUUUUUAUAACAUUGCGCGAACAUCUGAAAAAAGUAAAUUGCAAAACACAGAACAUUUUAGAAUGCAAGGACGAUAUGCUUUACGUGUGGAAUCCCGAGGAAAGUUGUGUAUUGACGCUGAACUUGAAGCUUUGCAGAGAUGAAGAACCGGACAGACCGCUCAUGCAUCAGACGCUGCAGCCGACAGACCCUCCGAUCCACGAGGUGGAGCUGCUGCGGUCCAACCAGACGGCGACGCAGCUGGCGCUGGUGGGCCCGCACGGCAUCUCGGUGCUGGAGCUGCCGCGGCGCUGGGGCCGCGGGGGCGGCUUCCUGGGCGGCAAGCCGUCCGUCACCUGCAGGUGCCGCGGCGUGGACCAGCGGCACUGGCUGUGCAACCAGCACGUGGAGGUGCGCGCCGCGCAGUGGCACCCCGGCUCCGACGCGGACUCGCUGCUCGUCGUGCUCGCCUCCAACAACACCAUCCGGGUCUACGACACGCUGGAAGGAGAGCCGGCGCUGCACAACGUGUGGGUGGUGGGCCGGAUGCCCGCCUCUUCGCUGCCCUUCCUCGCCGCCCUGGGAGACACCGCCGUCGACUUCACGUUUACACCGCCCGAGGAAACUACCUCACAGAUAACUGGUGGUUGCAAUACAUCUCCUUCUCUUCAGUGGCCCAUCCUUGUUUUAUAUGGCAAUGGAGAUGUGUAUUAUGUUGUAACUUCAGUGGACUCAGAAAGCUUCAAAAAACCAUUGCUGCAAGGUCCAAUAUCAAUGUUUCCACCUGCUGAUGAUAAUUAUGGUGUGGACUCCUGUUCCAUUCUUUGUCUCCAAUGUGUGCCUCCAGUUGUCGUGAUUGCAUCAUGCUCUGGAACCUUGUAUCACUGUUUUCUGCUGAAUAAUGAUGCAGAAUCUGAUAAUGAAGAUGACAAGUCACUGGUGUCACAGGAGAGCUCGGCAUACACCAUUCAUCCUGCUGAUGUGAGUCUGCAUGUGUUUGAGGCUGUUGAAUUAGAGCUUGGAUUGGCACUGAAUGACUCUACUGAUACCUACACAUGCCCCAUCUACUUACAUGCUGACUGUAUCUCAGCUUCAAGAUACUUUUGCAGUCAUGAUACCGGAGUCCAUGUUGUCUUCAUACCUACCGUUUCUCAGCUUGAUCAGUUUCUAGAUUGUGAUGAUGACAAACUGCAUCUGUGCACGUCAAUAUUGUCACAAAAUGCUGUGGUGGAGUACGCAGUGUGCACUCGGGCUGCAGCUUCCUCGUCAGAAACAGGCAUACCACAGGAAGGGUCAGUGUUGCCUGUUCUUGGGUUGGUGCAGACACCUGGAACACCAGUUAUGCUUGUUGCCCUUCUGGCUAGUGGAGAGGUUAUCAGCCUUACUUUGGCCUCGAUUCCCCUGCCACUUCCACUAGAGUCUGCAGAUAGACUGGAAUCUACAAAAGAAAAAACUGAAUCACCACUCAAAGCAAUGCUGAAAGAACCUUUCAACAUGCGUAUUACAAAUAUGUUAAAACAUGAUGUAACACAGCCAAUCCUGAAACUGGGACCUCAAGCAAACACUACACCUCAAAAGUAUAUGGAGCUUGUAAACCAGAGUACACAGCUGUUGCGAGAAGAAUAUUUUUUGAAGCAUGACCAAGUCCGAGAAGAAAUUGAUAAACGGGCACGAACACUGCGUUUGAUGAAGGAAAGACAGUUAAAAGAACUUGAAAAUCUUGAACAAGAAAAAACACAGCUAAAACAAGCUGCAGAACAGUUAGCUGAAAAGUAUGAGGACACAAAGGACAAACAGGAGGAGCUCAGUAAAAGGGCAGAAAAGAUUCUUCGUCAGGUCGUCCGAUGUCAGCCUUUGGUGUCUGCUGCUGAGAAAAAAUUAGAGAGACAACUUAAAGAAGUGGAAGAGAAACUCAAGGUUUACAAGAGAGCAAUGAAGCAAGUAAAAGCAAAGGAAGCCUAUCACAAAGAGCAGGUGUUGCAGUGGCAAGCCCAGCUGAAGGAGAAGGAAAUUCAACUAGGACCAGGCCGAAUAAAUAAUCUGAAAGUAACUCUCAAGCAAAUGGAAGAUAGCAUUGGAGAACUAGUCAAGACGAUUAAUUUUAUCAAGAAGGAACUGAAUACAUGAUUGCUAGUUUUCACUGUUAAUGAAAUUUCUGUGGUGUGCAAAGAAUUGCUGUGAAAAUAUUUAUUUUAGUACUAAUAGUAUGUUGUGUGGUUGAAAGCAUUACUAAAGUGCAACGUAUUUCGUAUUUUGUAUGGCACACUGAUUUUGUACCAAUUGUAUUAAAUUAUU